AAUGCACAGGAUUGCGUGGGAUAUUCUUGAGAUAUCUAUGUAUCACUAGACAGUACCAGAGACAUGAAUGCAUGACUGUCCAAGGGUGACCUCAUUUACCCUAUUCGCCCUAUUGAGACCAUAUUGAAGACAAUCGUUCAAAACUCCUGCAACUAUUACCAAAAAUAUCUAGCCUCAUAGCAUCCGGCGGACCAAUCGAUAGACGAAAGCGAUGCACCAUGAUACAGCGACCGGAUGUCGCCACGAUAUCAUAUCCAUUACCAAGCCCCGCCUCAUGGCGGGUGAAUUGGUGCAAUUUCUGACACGAUGACAUAUAUAACGAUAUUCAGAAACUGGCGCAGAUGCUCACACUUUCACAUAUCUUCUAACUGGACUGUAGACUUGGUAUGGCUGGUUUCACUGCGGAUAUCAGCGCUAUAAUGUCAGGAGCACUGGAAUGCAUUUUAUAUGGGUUUUCAGUCCUCAUGUUCGUCGGUACCAUCUGGGCUUUGACCUACAAACGUCAGAUGCAGGAUGUCAAUCGCCCAAUCGCGGUAGUGGCCAUCAUGCUGUUGUUAGUGAGCACUGUGCACAUAAUUGUGACCAUUAUCCACCUCGAAAAUGGACUGGUGAGGUAUCGCGAUACGUGGUCAGGCGGGCCGGCAGCGUUCUUCGCGGACGUUACCACAGAAACAUAUGUGAUAAAACAUGGGUUAUUAAUUUUACAAACCGUACUUGCUGAUGCGGUGAUGGUUUAUCGCUGCUAUGUUCUUUGGCAAUCCAUCCGGAUUAUCAUCCUACCAAGUAUAUUGUGGUGUAGCAUCGUAGCGACUGGAAUUCGUGCCGUCUACGGUAAUUCGCAAGCCAUUUCUAAUCCCGGAGACGUCUUCGCCACAAACGUUGAGGAGUGGAUCAUAGCAUUCUUCUCUUCGACACUUUCAACUAAUUUGGUGUGUUCAGGAUUAUUGGUAUAUCGCAUCUGGAAAAUCGAACGAGACGUCUCUAGAGCGCGUGUUACGAAGAGCACUAUUAUGCCAAUUGUGCGCGUGCUUGUGGAUGCCGCUGUUUUGUAUUCAGUGGUACUUGUCGGCUUUCUGAUUAGUUUCCUCACCAAAACCAGUGGAGAAGCUAUUUUGUCGGACUUGGUCGUGCCUAUCAUAUCGAUCACCUUCUACAUGGUCCUGAUUCGCAUCACGAUCAACAGUAGACAUUAUCUCUCGACUGCCAGUACUAGACGAACGACCGAGAGGAUGGAACAGGGAGACUUGCAACAAUUUCCUAUGAAGCCCAUGGAGGUCCAUAUAUCCCAAUUUACUCAAGAUGACAGUGCCUCAUCGUCAAACAAAACAAAGAAUGAAGACCGACUGUCGACAUGACAAGGCGGGAGUGGGUCAAAAGGACAUCUUGUAUCUUGUAGCUAAUAUGAAUCAAUCGGCAUGAAUGCCCUACCAGUGUAUUUUUCCCGGACAUUGAUAUUUAGCAUCUACCAUGACAAGCGAGUGAUA